AUGUGGAAUUUCGGUGUCCGACCACUGCGCUUACCGAUUGCAGUCAAUCGUAAUAUCCCUAGAGUGGAAUUUGUCGAUCCUAAAGUGAGCGUGAUCGAUCACACCCAAGAUACAGUUGUACAACCGACUCGGUUUUCGGUGAAUCGUACACUUGACGGAUUGACCGGGGGCAGACGAUGGUUGAAGCGAAAGACCGAGAGUCUGAAGAGAUCGUAUGUGUGUAUAGGGCGUUAUGGUUUUUGUAUCAAAGCCCAAUCCGAGGCCGAUGUACGAUGUGAGGUGACAAAAUUCAAAGAACGUUGGAACGGACCGCGGCCUGAUGAGUUUUCCAAGAGGACCGAGCGUUAA